AUGGCAUCUGUGUCUUGCCCAGCCGAGAUCCAACCACUACCGGAAAUCUUUGGGGUUCCUCUCCAAACUAGCAUCCGUUACGCCAAUGUUGCAAUAUCGCUGUACGAUGCCGAUGGGCGGAGCUACAUAUACGGCUAUGUGCCCAUUGUUGUUGCCAAGUGCGGAGUCUUUUUGAAAGAGAAAGCAACCGAUGUAGAGGGCAUAUUUCGCUUGAGCGGAUCCGAGAAGCGAAUCAAGGAGCUGAGAAACGCUUUCAACUCCCCCGACCGAUAUGGCAAGGGUCUUGACUGGACCGGCUAUACGGUCCACGAUGCCGCGAAUAUACUUCGACGAUACUUCAACCAGCUACCCGAGCCGAUCAUACCUUUGGAAUUUUACGAAAAAUUCCGCGAUCCUCUGCGCGGUCACCAAUCGCAAGCGGUUGGCCAGAUUGAAGGUCAGGCCCCACCGGUGGGCGACUUUGAUGUAGAAGGCGCCAUAAGAUGCUAUCAGCAGCUGAUCACGGAAUUGCCGCCGCUCAAUCGCCAGCUACUUCUCUACAUCCUGGAUCUGCUCGCUGUCUUCGCUUCUAAAUCAGAUCUCAACAAGAUGCCUACGCCUAAUCUUGCAGCCAUUUUCCAACCUGGUAUCCUCACACAUCCGACCCACGAUAUGAAGCCAAGCGAGUAUCGACUCAGCCAAGAUGUCUUGAUAUUCUUGAUAGAGAACCAAGAUCAUUUCCUCAUUGGUAUGCAAGGCACAGCUGCCGACGAGAAGACUGUUCAAGAGGUACAGAGCGGUCCGCCAACGCCGCAGGGGAAGUCACCUACCACGUCGAGGGUCAUUUCAGGCAUCGACAGAUCAGGAUCCACUGCUAGCUCUGCAGGAGCCGAGAGCCUUCGCAGGUUUGGAGGGGUCAGGAGAAACGUCUCAGUCUCCUCGAAGCAAUCAAAGAUAUCCGCAUCCGUUGCUGCUCCGAGUCCGGCCACACCGUUGUUCAACAGCCCCCUGGCUACCCCCACUACAGGAUCGGCUGUCCACCGGAGCAACACUGUUCCUUCCAAGCGGUCUCCUGCUGUGAUAUCGUCUCGGUUUAACCGCGACAAAUCCUCAGAUCCGCACACGCCACCCUCAGGAGUAAUCCCGCAGCCUGCCUUCGGACUUACGCCGACUAUACCUGAUCCAGUCCCAACAGCUGAACAUCCGCUGCCGACCGAGACCAACGGAACAGCUGCAGAGACAGCCCGCGCUGCGUCCGUCGUAGCCAGUCCACCCGUGGAGCAAGCACCCACCCAGAUCACGCUUCCUGACGUCGCCUCGCCUCCAUCCAGCGAGGACACUACUCCCCUGGCGCCUCCGCCAGGUACGAGCUCCUCGACAGGCAUGGUCGCUGCUACCGCAGAUGACAUUACGCCGCAGCAAACUACCCACCUCGCUCCGCCCACCCCUGUCAAAGACGACACGACAAGUGUCUACCAUGAUGCGAUGUCUACGCCUAUGGAGACUCCCGGUAGCAGCAAUCGCCCAUUCGCAAUCCUCUUUAGCAAAGCACUGCCAGCCGAUGCAAACAAAGAGUCACGAAAACCGAACAAGCUCAAGAAGCGUGUUCCCAGCUCGACCGCAAGUGCUCACAGCUCGACUCACUCUUUGAGCGGACCGUUAGCCGGACGCGAUGGGCCUCCAUCCCCACUGCCUCCAGGGCUAAGCUACGCACCUACCGACAGCCUGAGGGAGCAACCACAAGCGUCUACCCUCGAGACAAUGCCUAGCAAGCCAAGCGCACUGGAAGUGAAGCAGCCUAGCAUGUCGCCCACAGCCUCGACACGCUCUCGGUCUACCGUGGCAGACUAUUCCGAAGUCGAGCAGGGCGACGAGCCAACUUCACACGCUGACCAGCCCGAGGAGCAGAAAAAGAAACGUCGGUGGCGGAUCUCACACUCCCACCGCAGCGACUCAGAUAAGACAGUUACGGCACAGGCGGUUGUAAGCCCAGGCCCGUCGAACCUCGGCUCCAACGCGGGCGCACAGAAGAGCAUGAGCUCCAUGGGCAGCAGCGCGGAGCCGCAGCGCCGCAGCUUCGUAGAAACGAACCCAUACUUCACCGCCGAGCCGCAAGGGCCGUCGUCGGCAGCGGCUCAGGAGGCACCCGAGAGGGAGCUGGAGAGAAGGGGCCCGAUGGGGUGGAUCCGGGGCAAGCUUGCGGAGCGCAAGGAACGCGAGGCGGAGAGGAGGGCUAAAAGUCCGCCGAAUGGGAAGGACAGCAAGGUCGACCUGGCGGGCUCCAGGGGCAGUUUGUCCACAAAUGAGAUGCUGCCGGUGCGUGGAAGGUCGGUGGACGUGCCGAGGGCAAGCGAGCAGGCAGUUUCGGACGACCCUACGACGCCGACGCCAGCUGCUACUGUACCAGGUAGUCAGGGAGCUUAG